AUGUUAAAAGUUUUAUUAGCCUUAGUGUUAGCACUUACAACUUACGGUUUCGACAUCGAUUCCAAAACCAAUGUUGCUGUUUAUUGGGGGCAAAAUUCUGCCGGUGGUCAAACUAGAUUGAGAGAUUAUUGUACCGAUGAAGUUGAUAUCAUAUUAUUAAGUUUCUUAUAUUCAUUUCCAUCUAAUUUACAGAUUGAUUUUGCUAAUCAAUGUUCAGACACUUUCUCUUCAGGUUUAAGAAAGUGUGAUAAUAUCGGUGAAGAUAUCACUUAUUGUCAAAAUAAGGGUAAAGUCGUGUUAUUAUCUAUGGGUGGUGCUACUGGAGCAUAUGGAUUUUCCAAUGACGCCGAAGCAACUACUUUUGCAUCCACUUUGUGGAACAAAUUUGGAGGUGGUUCUGAUGAUGAAAGACCUUUUGGUGAUGCCGUUGUUGAUGGUUUCGAUUUUGAUUUUGAACAAAACGUACAAACCGGUACCGCAGCUUUAGGUAAUGGUUUAAGAGCCCAAUUUGCUAAAGAUUCUUCAAAGAAAUAUUAUUUAUCAGCUGCUCCUCAAUGUCCUUAUCCUGAUGCAUCAGUUGGCCAAUUAAUGGAAAAUGUCGAAUUGGACUUUGCUUUUAUCCAAUUUUAUAACAAUUAUUGUAAUUUGGGUACCAACUUCAACUGGGACACCUGGCAAGAUUAUGCUACCAACACUUCACCAAACAAAGACAUUAAAUUGUACUUGGGUCAACCCGGUGGUGUAACAGGUGCUGGUAGUGGUUAUAAUUCAAUGUCCACCGUCAAAACUUACAUUGACAAGAUCAAAGGUUCUGCAAACUUUGGAGGUUUACUGUUCUGGGAUGCUUCACAAGCUUUUGCCAAUAUUGCUAACGGUGAAAAUUAUGCUCAGCAAGCCAAGGAUGCAUUGGGUGCAGUCGAUGAUAGUAAAGCUGUUGCUACAACAAGUAGUUCAAGUACUAAAGUUUCAACUACUUCAACUUCAAGCACCAAAACUUCGACCACUUCAACUUCAACCACGUCUACUUCAACCACCUCCUCUAGAGCUUCCACCACCAGUUCAAGUACCAAGGUCACUAGUUCAAGUUCAAGUUCAAGUACCAAGAGCUCUUCCUCAUCAAGCUCAGCUACUCCUACUGUUGUAACUACCUCGUCAAGUACUCCUACUAAAAAUAGUUCCAGCUCAAGCUCAAGUUCCAGCUCAAGCUCAAGCUCAAGCUCAAGCUCAAGUUCCACUUCAACCAGUCUCGCUCCAAUUGUUACAACCAGUUUAGAUACUGAACCAACAGAUGACGCCGUCACAAUCAAAACCACUGAAACUCAACAUAAUUCCAUUGAAACUACCAAAACUGUUCAAGGAACUCCUCAUGUUUUGACCAUUACCAACAUCCAUACCCCCACUACCAUCACUACUGUCAGAUACGUCGGGACUACCACCAUUAUUGCUACGAAAUAUAAUGAUCCUCCUGAUAUGUAA